AGAAGCACUUUAUCUUUCACUUUUUCCAUAAACACACAAUCAUCUGACUCAAAGCAAUCUAUUCAAACUUCAAACUUCAAACUUCAACUCUUUUCCAAAUCUUUUACCUUCCUAUCACAGCAUUUUACCACCCACCAUGUCGGGUAUUAUUCACAAGGUCAAGGAUGCCGUGACCGGUCAUCAUCAUGAUGAGUCCAAGACAUCCAGCAGCAAGACUGAUGAUACCCGUGAUACUUACGGAUCCUCACACAACACUACGGACAACGCUCCUAGCAAAUACACUUCUACCGGCGCAGGCUCCAACACCUAUGGCUCUGGAUCUGGAGCCGGCUAUGAUACCACAUCCACUACCGGUGCUGGAGGCUACGGCAGUGGCACUGGCACUGGCACUGGUGGCCUAAAUUCUGGCUCCGGCUAUGAGACAGGUACCUCGACUGGAGCUGGAGGCUACGGAACUGGUGCUAGCACUGGCCACGGUGCCCACAGCUCUGGAACUAUCCAUGACUCCCGCAAGGGUCCAAUUGAUGUCGGCCCAGGAGCAUCCGGAAACCACGGCAGCAAAUCUGAUACCUACGGAUCCAACACUGGUUCCACCACCAAUGCUGGCCCCCAUGACUCUAAGCUAGUCAACAAGCUUGACCCCCGUGUCGAUAGCGAUCUUGACAACCGAGGAAAGCACGCUGGAACUACCGGCUCUAGCAACACCUACGGCAGCACCACUGGCCACUCUUCUGGACAGACCGGCUAUGGCUCCAGCAACCCCCUGACUGGCGGCACCACCGGUCACUCUUCUGGACACGGCUCCAGCAACCCUUUGUCUAGCAGCGACAACUAUGGUAGCACCACCGGCCACUCUUCUGGACAGACCGGCUAUGGCUCUAGCAACCCCCUAUCUGGUAGCACCACCGGCCACUCUUCUGGACAGACCGGCUAUGGCUCUAGCAACCCCCUAUCUGGUGGCACCACCGGUCACUCUUCUGGACUGACUGGACACGGCUCCAACAACCCUUUGUCUAGCAGCGACAACUAUGGCAGCACCACCGGUCACUCUUCUGGACUGACUGGACACGGCGCCAGCAACCCUUUGUCUGGCAGCGACAACUAUGGCAGCACCACCGGCCACUCUUCUGGACAGACCGGCUAUGGCUCUAGCAACCCCCUAUCUGGUGGCACCACCGGUCACUCUUCUGGACUGACUGGACAAGGCGCCAGCAACCCUUUGUCUGGCAGCGACAACUACGGCAGCACCACCGGCCACUCUUCUGGACAGACCGGCUAUGGCUCCAGCAACCCUCUAUCUGGUGGCACUACCGGUCACUCUUCUGGACUGACUGGACACGGCGCCAGCAACCCUUUGUCUGGCAGCGACAACUACAGCAGCACCACCGGCCACUCUUCUGGACAGACCGGCUAUGGCUCUAGCAACCCCCUAUCUGGUAGCACCACCGGUCACUCUGGACAGACUGGCUAUGGCUCGAGCAAGCCCCUGUCCGGUAGCGACACCUAUGGUAGCUCCACCGGUCACUCCACUGGACAGUCGAGCUAUGGCGCCAAUGACUCCUACGGAGCCGGUGGUGGCAGCAGCUACAACGACCAAACCUCGAAGACUGGGAAGACCACUGGUCCCCACAGCUCCGACCUAUUGAACAAGCUUGACCCCAGAGUUGACGAGAAGGAAGCGCCUGGCAGCCAGCGCAACUACUAG